AGUAGGCGUAACAAGAACCCAACCCGAGCCAUGGUUUUCGCCGACGGCACGGGCGUCGGCGCCCGCCGCGAGAUGGCGACGAUGCGUUUUGCGUCGCACGUCGUCCGCGGGCGGUGGUUCAUGUUCUUUGCGUCGAUCCUGAUCAUGGCGGCGGCGGGCGGCACAUACAUCUUCGGUAUCUACUCGAAGGCGAUCAAGACGUCGCUGGGGUACGACCAGCAGACGCUCAACACGCUGAGCUUCUUCAAGGACGUGGGCGCCAACGUCGGCAUCCUCCCCGGUCUCAUCAACGAGGUCACCCCGCCGUGGGUCGUCCUGGUCUGCGGCGCCGGCAUGAACCUCGUCGGCUACCUCAUGAUCUACCUCUCCGUCACCGGCCGCACGGCGCGCCCGCCCGUCUGGCUCAUGUGCGUCUACAUCGCCAUCGGCGCCAACUCGCAGUCCUUCGCCAACACGGGCGCCCUCGUCACCGCCGUCAAGAACUUCCCCGAGGACCGGGGCGUCGUGCUCGGCCUGCUCAAGGGCUUCGUCGGCCUCAGCGGCGCCAUCUUCACGCAGCUCUACCGCGCUAUCUACGGCGCCGACAACGACGGCGCGGACCUCGUGCUGCUCAUGGCCUGGCUCCCGGCCGCCAUCUCGCUGGUGUUCAUCCCGACCAUCCGCAUCAUGCCACGCGCCCGGGGCACCGCGGUGGAGAGCCGGAGAGAGCGCAAGGCCUUCUUCUACUUCCUCUACGCAUCCAUCGUGCUCGCCUUCUACCUGCUCGUCAUGAACGUGGUGGAGCUAGAGGACCGCGGCUUCCCCAAGCCAGCCUACUACGUCACCGUCAUCGUGCUCCUCCUCCUCAUAUUUUUCCCGCUCGUCAUCGUCGUCCGGCAAGAGCUCAGGAACUACCUCGAGCCGCCACUGCCGACGACCCAGUCCGUUCCGGCGGUGACCACCGUCGAAGACGACGACAAGACAGCCGCCACCACCACCGAGACCGAGCCCACCGAGCCGCCAUCGACGUCUGCCACGUGCUUCCAGGACGUGUUCCGGCCACCGGCGAGGGGGGAAGACUACACGAUCCUGCAGGCGCUGUUCAGCGUGGACAUGCUCGUCCUGUUCGUGGCCACCAUCUGCGGCGUGGGCGGCACGCUGACGGCGAUCGACAACAUGGGCCAGAUCGGGCAGUCGCUGGGGUACCCGCAGCGCAGCAUCGCCACGCUGGUGUCCCUGGUCAGCAUCUGGAACUACGCCGGGCGCGUGGUGGCCGGGUUCGCGUCGGAGCACGUGCUGUCGAGGUACAAGGUGCCGCGCCCGCUGGUGCUCACCGUCGUGCUCCUCGUCGCCUGCGCGGGGCACCUCCUCAUCGCGCUGGGGGUGAGCAACGGCCUCUACCCGGCUUCGGUGAUCCUGGGCUUCUGCUUCGGGGCGCAGUGGCCGCUGCUCUUCGCCAUCAUCUCCGAGAUCUUCGGGCUCAAGUACUACUCCACGCUCUACAACUUCGGCGCCGUCGCCAGCCCCGUCGGCUCCUACAUCCUCAACGUGCGCAUCGCCGGACGCAAGUACGACGAGGAGGCGCUCAGGCAGGGCGGCCGCAGGGGCAAGGACCUCACCUGCGUCGGGGUCAAGUGCUUCCAGGAGUCCUUCUACAUCAUCGCCGCCGUCACUUUCCUCGGCGCCCUCGUCUCGCUGCUGCUCGCAUGGAGGACCAGAAACUUCUACCGCGGCGACCUCUACGGCAAGUUCAAGGAGGUCGCCAUGGCGCCUACCACAGGGUCAUCAGCCCCUGCCGGCGCCGAUGGGCGGCAAGAACCAGCAAACGGCGCCGGUGCCGUUGCUGCCACGCCGAAGGAUCCUGUUGCUUCUGGCAGCGAUGACGCCAUCGCCCAAGACAGUAAGAUUGGUUCGUCCACUAAGUAGUACUACUGUAGUAAUUUCAAGAGUGAGAUUCAUGGAGUCAAAACAGUUCGAUCUUGUGUUUGAAGUCCUCCAUACGGAUAGUUUUACACAUCGAUCGAUCGACGUUUGAUCUGUACAGGGUGAUACUGUAAGAUGGUGCUCCGCAUUUAGCAGGAUACAGUGUCUGUUUCACUGAUAAGUCAAACCAGCUGAUUAAUUCCGUA